CAGCUCAUUCGAGAAUUUCGCAAUGAUUUCCCCCAUGUCUUUUCCGAGCUUUCGAUCGCUCCGACGCUCCCGCCGGAGGGCUUCGUCACUCACGCCCAACCAGGCGCCCUGGAGCCUGCGCCCUGGGUCGAACAACCGUCCACGCGCUCGAAUCCCCUCCGUUUUGUGAAUCCGACGAGUCAGCCGCAUGACGUAUACACACCACUGCCCGAUCAAAUGUGCGCCGUUCUGCAUAGCCCGGCGGGGGACUUACACACCCCGACCAUGGAGUGGAACCUGACCAGCUCGCCCUUCCGCUGGACACAAAUGGUCAGCGCCCAGACGGCCCGUUCCCAGGAUGACCCGUCACCCGCCAAUAUCGCCGCGUUUCCCUCGCUCGACCCGAGUCAGGUCUUCUCGAAUGCGGACCCAUUCGCCCCGACAUUCGAUGCGCCACCUGGCGUCGCGCGCUAUUAUGACCAUGAUCCUGGGGAAUACGUGGCGCCGGAGGAGUGCGAUCGGAAAGAGUCAUUUGUGUCAUCCAUCCGGGAACUCUCGACGGACCAUUCAGUAUCGCUGGCGUCGAAUGUCCCGGAGAGAGUCUCCCCACAUCCAGAAAUCCCGUACUUGUUUCCCAGUUCUGUCCCGGCCACCGGUGGAUGCUAACGUGGGCGAACCAUGCAGAUUCCGCUACCAUGUCAUUCUCCAUGCGCCCACCGCGAUGUUCGACCAUGCCCGCGACAUUCCUGUGACCUAUCUGAACAAAGCCCAGGCCUACACCAUCACGGUUGUCGACUCCCGCCCGCCGGUCGCGCCCGCCGAACCAGUCCAAUACCGGACCCGAAUCGGAAUCGCGUUCGAAGAGCCCACCCACCGAUCCAAUCCGGCCACUUGCUGGCAGCUGUGGCACGACGCGCGAGGUGGGAGUGACGCUGAGCGACGCGGCAGCAGCCCGUGUGCGAUAGAAGUGGUGGCGCUGAAGGGAGGUGGCCAAGAGAUGCCUGAUCCGACGUGGCAUCUCGAAAGUGCAUCCUUUAACCAGUUUUGUGUUUCGUGGAUGAGCUCGGGUGAGGCGCGGCCGUCGGAAUGCCGGAUGCUCGUGCGAUUCCACUUUCUCUCCACGGAUUUCACUCAAUCCAAGGGGGUCAAGGGAGUUCCAGUGCGAUUAUGCGCGAAGACGGAGAGGAUCUCUUCCCCGGAAGGCCCGCUGGCAGGUGAGACGGAGGCGGAGAUCUGUUAUUGCCGAGUGAAAGUUUUCCGGGAUCAUGGUGCCGAAAGAAAGCUAGCCAACGAUGUCACUCACAUCCAGAAGUCGAUUGAGCGUGUCGAGAAACAGAUCGCCCGGGCGGACUACCACGGGGGUGCCCUAGGUAAGAAGCAGAAGCGCCGGAACGUCGCGCGCGGGACGACCCCGAAUGACCCGACCCGAUCGAUGAGUCGCUCCCCCAGCGUGUCGACCCCAGGCGACCUGUACAAGGUGUUGUACGAUCUGCAGCAGUUGUUCUCGUCCCCCCGCUCGGUGAGCGUGUUCUCUCUACCCGGGGAUGAGCAGGACGACCCUGAUCAGUUGGCUAGCAUCACGUUGGGGAACCAUACGCCCGAUGGGACGGACGUGCCUGGCGAUGCCGACCGCGACGGUCCAUCUGAAGACGGUUUGCAGGGUCGACCGUCUCGUUCUCCCACUCAACGGUCAUCGAGUAUCACGACGGGCCAGGCCAUGUCGACAGACCCGGCGCCCGGUGAGAUUUGCCGAUUUCGACUUGCAGUCGAUGGGAAAGCUAACCGAUCCUUAGUGGCUUGUUUCUACAUCCAAAUCCAGAAGAGUCACCGUUCGAGUCCCUAUUACCAUGCGGUGUACCUGGCCAAGCGGACCGUCCGCGAUCUGACGUUGCAGCUGGCCAAGCAUGCCCAUGUUGACCCGAGAGGCAUCGUUCGCCUGGUUCAUGUCAAGCGAAUGGGAUUAUCGAUCAUGGUCGAUGACGAUGUGAUCCAAUAUAUGCUAGAGGGUCAAGAUAUGAUUGCGAGCUUCGUAGAGAUCCCCGCAGUGAACCGUGAUAUGCGUUGCCGGCCUCGGUUCGAGGUUCAAUUGACCUAUUAGCCAUGACGAGGGCGCCCUUGAGCCAGUCAACUUUAUAGUGUACUGGGCAAUAUCCUUCUAAGAGAACCAUAAGACACUCCGUACACUUCUUGGGGCCAUGCUGUCGCUGGCACCAGUUCUUUCAACCGCUCGGCAGAUCUUGCUCCGAGGACUUCGCAUGGGCGAAUGGAUUAUCGUCGAUCGGCGACUCCUCGAUGAACCUCCAGGGAAGCGUAGAUAAUCUGCCUU